AUGGAUGUACGAGACACCAGUGUAAAGCGGGACUGGAGUAAAAUCCCAUUUGGGUCAAUCUUCUUAACAGAGUUAAGGAAUGCAGUUUGUGUCUACGAUGGAAACACGGUUGGUUUUGGUGACUGUUGUUUUUCUUUUUUCCCAGACUUGCACAACUCUCAGAUUAAACCAGCAUUUACCAUAGUCAAUGUCUCAGGUAGAAAUCAAAUCCAAGACCUGGAGGUGAAAGACAUCCAGUUGGAACAAAGUUGCUGGAUAAUAUUUUUGACACAAAAGGGUGUGGUACUUUCAGAACACGCUUAUGAGAGAGACCAGCCUGUCUGGGAGGGUAAUGGAGACUUCAGCUUGAAGACUGAGUAUGAUGGCGAAAGUGACUCACAUCCUAAAAGACACGCGAACCCAGUACAAAACAAAUUAAACAAAACAACUUUAAACAGCAGCAAAGGUAGUAUCCUGUAUUUCUGCUCCUCAUCACAUGGGCAUCAAAGAGGCUGUUUAACAACUGUAAAAUCCUUAAAUCUUCACAGGAAAAUGGCAAACUUCCAACAGGGCUGGAAGACAGACGACUAUAGUAAGCCUGGGAGAGUAUUAAAAAUGUAUCUUUUUUUUUUUUUCUUUUCUUGUGCACUUUCAGGGGUAUCUGCUUUUGGCCACAGCAAGCUGCAUUAGAUGAAGCUUUGGACUGAUACUGUGUGGCCAUUUUAAUGUUUUUGGGUUUGGUUUUGGGUUUUUUUCCCUGUAAGAUCUAUCUUUCUAACAGUUACAAGCUAAGGCUGUAACAUGGCCUGAGAACAUCUGCUAUACCAGCAGGAUGUUGGGUUUAGUGACAGGAUUUAUGUGUAAUCAAGAAUCUAGAGAAAAAAAAUAGAUGGGUGUAUUGCCAGCUUGCACAAAUUGUUGAUUUAUGAUUAGCACAUUUUAAAGGGUGGGCCAAUUCAUUGUACUUUUGUAAUGAGCACAAAAGAUGUAGAAACCUAAUGGAAAUGCUCCAAGAUCAAACACAAACUCUACCCAAUGUUGUAAAUAUGUGCCUUGCUAGUACAACCAUAGCAGAGAAACAGAAAACAAAUCACCAUUAGUACAAGGGAAGCUUACCGAUGCAUGGAAAAACAUGCAACAGUAGCUUCAGAGGACCCUCCCUGCCUUCUCCACAAAAAAAGCAGGAUGUCUUUGGGUACUAUAUAAAAAAAUUGUGCUUUUAUGAAAAGAUAAAUCUUUGUCAAAAGGCAAGGAGGAAGCAAAAAGCACUGUAUGGAAGUGUAUGGUAGUGACUUAAGUUGUUUUGCACGUAUCAGUGCCAUGCAAAUCCUGAAAACCAACUGUAUUGUGCAGCUCAGAAGAUGAAGGCCAACAGACAAGCUAGGUACAUACCUAGCCUGUAACAUGUAAGGUUACUGUGAUGUCAUCUGCUCUUUGGAAGAAAAGCAAUCAAACCUAACCAAACUGCAGCUGUACAAUGGAAUGAUAAAAUAUCAUCAGGAGAAAUGUAAAUAAUAUUUAUAAUGCCAAGUAAAAUUUUCAGCCUGAAACAAUCAGAUAAG